GUGCUGGGCAUCGAGACGUCCUGCGACGACACGGCAGCGGCCGUCGUGCGGAGCGACGGGGCCAUCCUCGGGGAGGCGGUCGUGUCGCAGCACGAGAUCCACGCGCAGUUCGGAGGCAUCGUGCCCGGGCUCGCGCGCGACGCCCACGCCGAGGCCAUCGACGAGGUCGUGGCCCUCGCCGUGGAGCGCGCGGGCUUGGACGGCGUCGGCGCCGUCGACGCGGUCGCGGCGACGGUGGGCCCCGGCCUCGAGAUCUGCCUGCGGGUCGGCGCGCGCAAGGCGGUGGACGUGGCGGACGCGCACGCCAAGCCCUUCGUCGCCAUGCACCACCUCGAGGCCCACUGCUUGAUCUCGCGGCUGCCGGACCCGGCGUCGGCGCGGCCCGAGUUCCCGUUCCUGGCCCUCUUGGUGUCCGGCGGGCACUGCCAGCUCCUGUGGAUCCGGGGCGUCGGCGACAUCGCCGUGCUCGGCGGGACGCUGGACGACGCGCUGGGCGAGGCCUACGACAAGGCCGCGCGCAUGCUCGGCCUCGCGGCGCCGACGGGCGGCGGCCCCGCGGUCGAGCGCGUCGCGCGGGCGGGCGACGCGGCGUCGAUCGCCCUGCCCGUCCCCAUGCGCCAGCGCAAGGACUGCGACUUCUCCUACGCGGGGCUCAAGAACGCGCUCCGCGUGCAGAUCAACGAGCGGCGCGAGGCCCUCGGCUUGGGCGAGGGCGCGCGGCUCCCGGACGGCGACGCCGCGGACUUCGCCGCGUCGUUCCAACGCGUGGCCAUCGCCCACGUCGAGGACCGGCUGAAGACGGCCUUCAAGGCCGUCGCCGGCGACCUGCCGGACGGCGGCGCGCCGACGCUCGCGCUCGUCGGCGGCGUCGCGGCGAACGCGGAGCUCCGGAGCCGCGUGGGCGCACUCUGCGAGGCCCGCGGCUGGGCCCUCGCGGUGCCCGCGCCGCGGCUCUGCACGGACAACGGCGCCAUGGUCGCCUGGGCCGCGAUCGAGAAGCUGAACCUCGGCGUCUCCGAC